UCUUCUAGGAGCUGUGCAAUGAGCCCACUAAAUGCCCAGUUCCGUAAAGACAUUGCCUCAACCCAUUACAAAAAACUCAAGAACUGAUGUACUCCGUGAUAUUUUGAUAUUAUUUACGUAGAACAUUCUAGACAGUGUCAAAACCGUAACUUCAAUAGACUAUGAUAUAGUUGCAAUGUUUGGUGAGCCAUCUUGCGACAAACUAUGAAAGCUCUCAUUCGAUAUCUGAUCCUGGUGGUACGCAGGCGUGCUUGGCAUUAGUGAGCGUUCGGUAGCAAGUGUUGCAGGCCGGCCGAGCAACAUAUCAGACCACGAGGUGAGUGUAGUCGUUCUCGUACUGCGCGUUUGUGAAUGAGUGCGUGUUAAUAAAAUUGUGCGGCGGUUCCUUGUUCCCAUGCGGAAACUUAGUGAGGUUCGUGUGCGUUGAAUUUCGUCUUAUUAUACGUUAAACGUGUUACCGGGCGAGCUCGACUUGGAUAUACGGUAGUUGGUUCAAAGGUUCCAUUGCAUUCGCGAGUGAAAGUGUUGCCGUUGCGCGGAUCGGCCAUAUUUCGGCCCGACCCGGCUGGUUGGCUGGGAGAGUAAACUGGGCUCAGGGUUUAGUAAAGAGACACGCCCCACAAUUCCGAAUAGUAGCUUACAGUGCGUAUGAAUGUGUGUGUGUGCUUACAUGUGACGUUAAUGGUUAUGUAUAGCCGUAGUAUCUGUGACCACGGAAAGUGAGUGACAAGUGAGGAGCUCAGACAACGGGAGAGAGAGAGAGAGAGAGCUGCACGCAAGCUGACCGGCGGACUGACUGUCUGGAGCGAAACAUGGCUGACGACGAAGUGUUAUUCGAUGACGUUUACGAACUAUGUGAAAUCAUUGGCAAGGGUCCGUUUAGCGUCGUGAGACGAUGCGUCCACCGGCAGACGGCGCAACUGUUUGCCGUCAAGAUUGUGGACGUCGCCAAGUUCACGUCCAGUCCCGGUCUCAGCACGUCAGAUCUGAAACGGGAAGCUACAAUAUGUCACAUGUUGAAACACCCUCAUAUCGUAGAACUGCUGGAAACUUACAGUUCAGAAGGGAUGCUGUACAUGGUGUUCGAAUAUAUGGACGGGUCGGACCUGUGUUUCGAGGUGGUUCGACGCGCGAGUGCCGGGUUCGUGUACAGCGAAGCAGUAGCGAGCCACUACAUGCGGCAGAUCCUGGAGGCUGUCCGCUACUGUCAUGAGAAUGACAUAAUUCAUCGAGAUAUCAAACCGCACUGUGUUCUUCUGGCGACGAAGGAAAAUUCAGCGCCCGUCAAAAUCGGGGGCUUCGGUGUCGCCAUCCAACUGCAGGAGGGGCAGAUGAUAAAUGGAGGCAGAAUUGGAACUCCUCACUUCAUGGCCCCCGAAGUGAUCGAACGAGAGCAGUACGGGAAGCCCGUUGAUAUCUGGUCAGCCGGCGUCCUCCUGCACAUUCUGUUAUCUGGGACACUGCCCUUCCUCGGGACCAAGGGCCGGCUCUACGAGAGCAUAUGCAGAGGAAAGUUGUAUCUCGAUUCGUCGCAGUGGGAGCACAUCGGAGAAGCAGCCAAAGACCUGAUACAGCGGAUGCUGACGGUGGACUACACCCAGAGAAUUACGAUCCAAGAAGUACUUAACCACAAAUGGCUCAGGGAUCGAGACAAGGGCGCCACGAAGAUGCACUUGCAAGACACGGUCGAAGAAAUGAAGAAAUUCAACGCCCGGAGAAAGUUGAAGGGCGCGGUGCUAGCAGCUGUUUCGUCCCCCAAAUGGACGUCCUUCUACUCGGACCCUAACAGCGACGGCUUCUCGGAUUUUGGCGAGGACGAAGUCACGUCUUCGGGAGCUGUGAGCCUGGUUCUCGACUCCCUGGACGACAUCCACUGUCUUCAAGAAACGCCUCUGAAUGACCGCGACUUCCUGCAUUCCGUUCUGGAAGACAGACAACUCCACGCCUUGCUCGAGCUGUACGACCGAAUCUCGAGCAAAGUGGUGAGCCCGACGCGCGCUCCACCUAGCGACGCCGUACAAAAGUGCCGAGAAGUUGCAGAGGCGCUCCGAGAGUUUGAUCAGAACUCUCCCGACGUGGAGUCCGAUCUAGGGGAGGUUGAGGAGCUCCGGGAUAUCCUGGCGCGACCACAUCUCAGGGUGAGUACCUUGUGUUUGUUUUCAUGUCGGCAUAUCGGAACAACAAAUUUUCUUUCAGGAAUUUAA